AUGGCCAACGUGCUCCAAAAUGUCUACCGCCUGGCCUUCCCCCUCGCUAUUGGGGGUAUGGUAGUCCAGAAUUCCCUGUACGAUGUCCGGGGCGGCACAAGAGCCGUCAUCUUCGAUCGAGUGUCUGGUGUGCAAGAGAAGGUCGUCAACGAAGGAACACAUUUCCUGAUCCCAUGGCUGCAGCGCGCAAUUGUCUACGAUGUGCGAACGAAGCCACGUAACAUCUCUACCACAACUGGAAGUAAGGAUUUGCAGAUGGUCAGCUUGACGCUGCGUGUGCUGCACCGCCCGGAGGUGCCGAAGCUGCCGCAGAUCUACCAGUCCUACGGUACCGAUUAUGAUGAACGUGUUCUCCCCUCUAUUGGAAACGAAGUCCUCAAAGCCAUCGUUGCCCAAUUCGACGCCGCCGAGCUGAUCACACAACGUGAGGCCGUCUCCAACCGCAUCCGCACCGACUUGAUGAAGCGUGCCGGACAAUUCAACAUUGCCCUUGAGGAUGUCUCCAUCACCCAUAUGACAUUCGGAAAGGAGUUCACACGAGCCGUCGAGCAGAAGCAGAUUGCCCAGCAGGAUGCUGAGCGGGCCCGUUUCAUCGUCGAGCGUGCCGAGCAGGAGCGCCAGGCUAACGUUAUCCGCGCUGAGGGUGAAGCCGAGAGUGCCGACAUUAUUAGCAGGGCUGUCGCCAAGGCCGGCAGCGGUCUCAUCGAGAUCCGUCGUAUCGAGGCUAGCAAGGACAUUGCUCAGACUCUGGCUCGCAACCCCAACGUCACUUAUCUUCCCGGCGGAGAAGGAGGAAAGAACGGUGGUGGCAACGGCACCAGCCUGUUGCUGGGUCUGCGGAGUUAA